AUGGCGGAGGUAGAGACAUUGCGCAAGGGCGGGGAGAGGACCGGGCGGAAGCGGCGGCUGGAUGACGGUGGUGGCGAAGCCGGCGCAAGUGGUGGCGAGGCCGAGCGGGCUGUCCGUGGUCGCGGCCUCGAUGAGCUGCCCAUCCGGACGACGCUGGCGAACUGGGAGAGAGUGUUUGCAGAGCAUGGCGUGGCCUUUCUGCCCGGGGCAGCGGUCGAAGCCGGGAUUCUGAGCGCGGAUGGCGAGAUCCAGGCUGCUGGUCGGGUUCUGGAGGCUUGCGUCGGUUAUGAGGACAAGAUCGGCGAGACGUGGACGAUGGAGUCGACGACCAAGGGCACGCCCAAGGACCUGGCAGAGCUACGGGCGGCGGCAUCGCGCAAUGGCGACGACGGUGAGCAGUGGUACGCGUCGUACGUGGCCCAGGGCGCGCGUGCGCUGGUGGCAGGUGUGGACGCGGCGCUGCCGUUGGCCGUGCUCCCGCUGGCGGACCCGGAUCGGCCGAUGUAUGUCUCGCCAUGCGUCUGGGUCUUUGCCGGCCGCAACAUCAAUGAUGAGCCGCUGCAGGGCCGGCGCGAGCACACUGACUCGGUCAACUGCAAUGCAACAUGGCACAUUCAGCUGGCAGGGAUCAAGGUGUGGCGGAUCCGGCGCGACGGCGUGGUGUACACCAUCCCGUGUAGCGCGGGCGACGUGCUUGUUGUCGACACGGUCUCGUGGUGGCAUUGCACUCAUUUGCCGCGGACCCAGCUGUCGCUCUCUGUGGCACACGAUGUGUUUCUCGAUGACAACGCUGUGGAGCACAGCCCAGGCAGCAGCGGUGACGAGGGUAGCGACGACGAGCUCGGCCCUGUGACCAACAAGGACGGCCUUUACGCCGCCGACGACGUGGAGGAGGGUACUGUGCUCUUCACCGAAGGCGACAUGCCCGAGGCUGAGCUCCCGCAUGCGCCGGAUGGCAACUGCGGUGUGGCGUGGGCUGAGGAUGACGACGGCGAGGCAGUCGGCGUCCUCGUCGCGCUCCGCGACAUCCAGCGUGGCGAGUGGUUUGUCGUCCGAGAGGAGACGGACGACGACGACGACGACGACGAUGACGACGGCGACGGCAGCGGCGUAGAAGAGGAUGUCGAGUGAGCCGAAUACACACGAAUGAGAGGGCGA